GCUAAGUUAAAACAAUACAUGAAGAUUCAGCCACAGAGUUGUCGGCAACAACAGACUCUGAUUUACUCUCCACUUCUUUGAAGCACUGUAGUUUGCAGAUUAUGAAAAAGAUGUAGAAACCUUGUUAAGUUUAGCCGGCUUUGUAUUCUCUUUCGAUCUCUCCACCAGUAGAGACGAUCUGGAUCAUCCCUUCUUAUAAAUGAGGAAAUUUCAGUAUUUUCACAAUGCCGUUGCCCUUAUAUUACCGAAUACUAUGGUUCUUACCUCCACCAGACCAAGUUAUGGAUCAUUAUGGAAUAUAUGGCUGGUGGUUCAGUCGCUGACCUGCUUCAACCAGGUCAUCCAUUGGAUGAAAUUUCAAUUGCUUGUAUUACGGGUGGUCUACUUCAUGCUGUUGAAUAUCUCCACACUGAGGGGAAGAUCCACAGAGAUAUCAAAGCCGCUAAUAUUUUGUUGUCCGAGAAUGGUGAUGUCAAGGUCGCGGAUUUUGGUGUGUCUGCACAAUUAACCCGGACAAUAUCGAGGAGAAAGACAUUUGUAGGAACACCAUUUUGGAUGGCACCAGAAGUGAUCCAAAAUUCGGAAGGGUACAAUGAGAAGAGAGCGGCCAAAGUACCAAGUUAAAGAAGACGAAGAGAGUCCAACAGGUGGUCCAAAAUCUCCGGUUGAAUCAUCUGGGACUGUUAGAGUGGCUAGAGAAGAGAGAGGCCAUGGAAUUUCUGGAACUAGUUACAGUGUUCAGGCGAGGACUGUCUAAAAUGCCGGGUGGGAUUUUAGUUUUGGGGGUUCUCAAAGUGCUGGAACUGUUCGUGCCUUAAAACCUCCACACUCUAGGGAAAGGCGCCAAGAAGUUACUUCUGAUCAGAGUUUUCAAAAAAUCAUCACGAGUCAGUAGUAACAAAUUGUUUUCCACUUCUUAUCAGAAUGACUUUCAAGAAAUCAUACAGUUAUCAUCCUUGUCAUUCUGAAAUUUAGGAUGAUUCAUCACUCGGUGGUUCUGGAACUGUUGUCAUAAGAUCUCCGAGAAGCUCUCAAUCAUCUUCAGUAUUUCGUGAUCAAAGCUCUGGGCUAAGCUAUUACAAAUUCCUUUUCCCUAUAUUUUUUUCUUAAAGCAAGUCUGUAUGCUUUGCCUUAGUCCCUGUCUUGUUCUUCCAAUAUAUGUCUAAUUCCAACUCUGUGUAGUCUACUAGCAGGUAUACAUCUUCUGAUGACGCUUCAACAAGUGGAACUGUUGUUAUCCGUGGACAGAAUGAUGAUUCUGGAUAACCUAGAACACCAAAAUCUAGACUAGGAUUUCAAGAAAGAAGUUCCAGUGCCUCUGAAGAUAGCAUAGCAAAUCUUGCAGAGCAUAAGAGCUCAACGGAGGAGGUUGGGAAUCACUUUUCAGCCUACUGAGAUUCUUAAUAAGAAGGCAGUUGAGUGCAAAUUUUCCAGCUAUUUUUUAGACCCAAUUCACGCAAUGGCACCCUCUUGCACGCCAGCCAUUUUUUAGACGAUUCUGUUCCGGUUCUUGGAGUCAAUUCUGACCCAACACAAGCUCACGAGUAACAGUAGAAGUCAAGCUUUAGCAUCGUCAGAAUCCUGUCUGUUGGCUUCCACUCAAAGAGAGUGUUGGAGAUACAUCAAUACAUCAUCUUCUGGAGAAAGUUGCUCCUGGCACCAUUGUCACUGUCAAUCCUGAUAAGCCAAGGCGUGGAUGCUUUGAGAUUCGAGAGGAAGGCGGCGAAACAUUCAUCAGUCUUUUGAUACUCGGAUGGGUAAGAAGAAGUCAGACGAGAGUGCCCCUCCCAUGAAGGGGAAGUCAAGUGGGAAAGAUUCUUCUAAAGAGGCCAAAAAGGAGAAGCUUUCAGUCUCUGCUAUGCUUGCAGGUAUGGAUCAGAAGGUUGAUAAAGCACCUAAGAAGGGUCCUUCAUCAUCCAGAGCUAAGGCUGCUCCCAAGAGUGCUUCCCCCUACGAUGACAUGGAUCUCCCUUCAUCCGACGAGGAAGACGAAGGGGAUUCCGAUGAGGAGCAGAGACAGUCGGAAGCGAGGAGGAAGCUGAAGAGCGAGCAGAGGCAUCAUCUCGAUAUCUCUGUGACCGAUAAGGAGCAGAAGAAGCGAGAGAUGAAAGAGAGAGCGGCUCUCGAGGCUGUAGAGCUUGCAAAGAGGGAGGCUUUGAGGGACGACGACCACGAUGCCUUCACUCUUGUUAUUGGAAGCAAGACUUGUGUGCUUGAAGGGGAAGACACGGCUGAUGCUAAUGUUAAGGAUAUCACGAUUGAGUCUUUCUCCGUCUCUGCUAGGGGUAAGGAGCUUUUGAAGAAUGCUUCUGUUAAGAUAUCGCAUGGGAAGAGGUAUGGAUUGGUCGGGCCUAAUGGGAUGGGGAAGUCUACUUUGUUGAAGCUUUUAGCGUGGAGGAAGAUUCCGGUUCCCAAGAACAUCGAUCUUCUUCUCGUUGAGCAAGAGGUGGUUGGUGAUGACAAGACCGCUCUGCUCGCAGUUGUGUCCGCCAACGAAGAGUUGGUUAAGCUACGGGAAGAAGCUGCAGCUCUGCAGAAUGAUGAUGAUGAUGAUUCUGGUGAGAAGCUUGCUGAGUUGUAUGAGAGGCUACAGAUAUUGGGGUCAGAUGCUGCUGAAGCACAGGCGUCCAAGAUUCUCGCUGGGUUAGGUUUCACAAAAGAGAUGCAAGUGCGUCCGACUAAGUCGUUCAGUGGUGGAUGGAGGAUGAGAAUAUCGUUAGCUAGAGCUCUCUUUGUGCAGCCGACUCUUUUGUUGCUAGAUGAACCCACCAACCAUCUUGACCUGAGAGCUGUUCUCUGGUUGGAGGAGUAUCUCUGUCGCUGGAAGAAGACGUUGGUCGUUGUUUCCCACGACCGUGACUUCCUCAACACUGUCUGCACGGAUAUAAUACAUUUGCACGACCAGAAUCUCCACUUCUACCGUGGCAACUUCGAUAGUUUCGAAAGUGGAUACGAGCAGCGACGCAAGGAGAUGAACAAAAAGUUUGAGAUUUACGAUAAACAGGUUAAAGCAGCUAAGAGAUCUGGAAACCGUGCUCAGCAGGAGAAGGUAAAGGACAAGGCCAAGUUCACUGCGGCGAAAGAAGCAUCCAAGAGUAAGGGAAAAGGUAAGGCGGAUGGCCCAGCACCUGAAGCUCCGAGAAAGUGGAGAGACUAUAGCGUUGAGUUUCAUUUCCCGGAACCAACCGAGCUCACUCCUCCUCUCCUGCAGUUGAUCGAGGUUAGCUUCUGCUACCCGAAUAGACCAGACUUCAGGCUCUCAGAUGUUGAUGUGGGUAUUGAUAUGGGUACAAGGGUCGCUAUAGUUGGGCCUAAUGGAGCUGGAAAGUCCACUCUUUUGAACCUUCUUGCUGGAGAUUUAGUUCCGAGUGAAGGUGAAGUGAGAAGAAGCCAGAAGCUGAGGAUUGGGAGAUACUCUCAGCACUUUGUUGACCUGUUAACAAUGGGGGAGACACCAGUUCAGUAUCUUCUCCGCCUUCAUCCUGACCAAGAUAGCAAACAAGAGGCGGUGCGUGCCAAGCUAGGCAAGUUUGGGCUCCCGAGUCACAACCACUUGACUCCGAUUAUGAAACUGUCCGGUGGACAAAAAGCUAGAGUUGUCUUCACUUCGAUCUCAAUGUCUAAGCCACACAUUUUGCUUCUUGACGAGCCUACGAAUCACUUAGACAUGCAGAGCAUAGAUGCGUUGGCUGAUGCACUAGAGGAGUUCAGUGGAGGAGUUGUGCUGGUGAGUCACGACUCUAGGCUUAUUUCGCGUGUCUGUGAGGAUGAGGAGAAGAGUCAGAUUUGGGUUGUGGAAGACGGAACUGUGUCUUUCUUCGAUGGCACGUUUGAAGAGUACAAGGAAGAUCUCCAAAGAGAGAUCAGAGCAGAGGUCGAUGAGUGAUGUCUUGUGUUGUGUUGUUGGCUUUUAAAGAUGGUUAGGUCAGACAUCCCGUGAUCUUAACCCAAGUUGAGACACGGACAGAAGAAGGGGUUUGUCUGUGACUUUACAUGGAUUUGAUGCAUUGAAUUUUGGAAUUUAUGUGUAUAUUUUUUUUUUAUAAUAUUUAUUUUCCUUCCUGUUUUUUUGGAGAGGAAACAUCUUAGUUGUAUACUUGAAAGGUUGCCUUAAUCUGUGCCAGCCACUCUUUUACCCAUUCCAUUCAUAGUUGUUACUCAUUAA